GAAUGAAUGUUAAUAGCCUAACUGUUAGUGGGGAAAAUAGCUCUCAGUUCCCCCAACUCUCUGAAGGCAAAGUCCAGAUCCGGCCUGUACGUGGCAGCAGACAGACAGACAGAAGUUAUAAAGGCAGGCAGGCAGCUGAAGUCUCACCGCACCCAGACACAGUGAGACAGGACAGCGACGGUGUGUGUGCGGGCUGUCUGGGAGCGGUGUGAAGAGAUCUGUGGCCCGGUUCGCCUGCUCUGGCCAUGCGGGAAGAGGAUGGGGGAAGAGCCAAGAGUUUCGCCGCUCAAGAACUUCGUGGCUGGGGGAGUCGGCGGAGCCUGUCUGCUGCUGGCCGGACACCCGCUGGACACCAUCAAGGUGAGGCUUCAGACGCAGCCCAAAGCCUCCUGCACUCAGUAUGUGCUCUACACAGGAACAUAUGACUGCUUCCGCAAGACUGUGUCCAAAGAGGGUAUCCUUGGCCUAUAUAAAGGCAUGGGGGCUCCCCUGGCGGGCGUGGCUCCUAUGAUGGCCAUCAGUUUCUUUGGCUUCGGUCUGGGGAAACAGCUCCAGCAGACAGAUCCUGACAAACCUCUGAAGCACACUCAGAUCUUCAUGUCUGGCUGUCUGGCAGGGGUCUUCACCACAGUGAUUGUGGCUCCAGGAGAGAGGAUCAAAUGUUUACUGCAGGUGCAGGCUAGCAGUGGUGAGUCGAGGUAUGCAGGUCCACUUGACUGUGCAGUCAGGCUCUAUAAGGAGCAGGGGAUCCGCAGUGUCUACAAAGGGACUGUGCUUACUCUCAUCAGAGAUGUGCCUUCUAAUGGUCUGUACUUCCUGACAUACGAAUACCUCAAAAACUUCCUGACACCUGAGGGUCAAAGUGUGUCUCAGCUCAGCACUUCCAACAUCCUCCUGGCCGGUGGUGUAGCAGGAAUAUUAAACUGGACGAUCGCUCUUCCUCCAGAUGUCCUCAAAUCAAACUUCCAGACAGCUGCAGAUGGGAAAUACAGAGGUCUGGUUGACGUCCUGAGAACACUGCUGCGAGAAGAAGGACCUAAAGCUCUCUAUAAGGGAUUUAACGCUGUCUUUCUAAGAGCCUUCCCUGCCAACGCAGCCUGUUUUCUAGGAUUUGAGGUGGCACUAAAGGGAUUAAACAUGCUUGCACCCAGUUGGUGAGAUAAGCCAGUUUGUCUAUAACUGGCCGCCAGUCUGGACCAGCCUGUUGCAGAGACAAAGCUCUCUUCUGAGUUGCGUCUGUUAAUUCGUACAUUUCAUGGAUGGUGAAAUGUAAGGAAUUUUUGUAUACUUAAAUGUAUUUUUACAUUUAAUUUUACAAAUUAAUUAUUUUAAUUGUCAUUCUUUGUAACCAUGAUUUUAUCCUCACUUUUUGUGAGCAGUGGUAUAAUGUGUACACACAUUUACGAAUGUAUGAUUUUGAGAUAAAGUGUGUUUGUUAAUAUUCUCACUUUUCUUAAAAACUAAUUAUGAUGUUUGUAAAAUGUCAGAUAAUAAGUUUGGACCCAUUUAGUUUAAUAAGGAUUUAAAUAUGUUUUUAAUCUAUAAGCUCUUCCAAAAGUCAGUGUGAAUUUAUCUGGGGGUGAGUGGGUUUGUUUGGCUUAUGUACAGGCACGGGGGAGUUUUAUAAGCUUUGUGAAUAAAGUGUUUGAUUAAAGAA